CCGAGUAGUCCCGAGUGACCCCGAAGCCAGCAAAGUCAGUGAAGUUACGCGGAGUGCUGUGCACGUAUUCUUCGGCCGUGACUGUAUUGAAUGGAGUCAAAUCUGUAGUUGUCCACACCGUUACAUUGUGUUCGUCGUGCGUAAAUGAGAAGUGAGUUUCCUGAUUACUGGCUCCCUGGGGUUACAUCGUCAAAGAGAGACUGAUGACGACGAUCAACAACAGCAAGAGCAGUUUCAACGGAUUCUUCCAAAAUCAGCCUCCGUGUACACACAGCUGUCGGAGGCUUCAGGAGGUCAGGCUAUUCAGGUCACCAAAAGUGAGCUGGCCGAGGUCACCAGCAUUAUAACAGAAACAUCCAGUUCCUCUGUGGUCAAGCUUCUUCAAGUUUCCCGGAAUGCUGGAAACCCCGAUAAUUUCACAUUUUCGGUGGACGAUUCAGUGAAGAACCUGACGAUGUACAUCACAGGGCGCUCUCUCGCCUUUACUAUCACCAGUCCUUCAGGUGUAACUCAGAGCAGCGCUGACACGACUGGACCACUGGUCGUUCCAUCCAGCACAGUCGGAAACUUCCAGACUGUGAAGCUAAACACACAAGUGGGUGUGUGGAAAGUUGAAAUGGUUUCAACAAGUGCCUACAAUCUGAAGGUCGUGGGUGAAAGUUCCCUUGACUUCCUGUUUACCUUUAUGAAGGAUUCAGAGAGCCCAUAUGGAGGUUUACAGGUCUUAUCCAAUCGCCCCACAUCUGGUGAAAACACUACCUUGAGGGUGACAGUAACCGGGAGUGACUCUGGUUGAAUUAUUCACAUCAGUGAUGGUUAACGGCAGCGUGGAGGAUCGAAGUAAAGGGGUCUUCUACGUUCGCUUUUACUUGUUGCUGAAAAAGAAAAAGAAAAAUCAAAGUCAUCAGAUUGCCUAUAGGUUGUGCUGAAAAAAAGGAUAGACACACAUUCUUAUCGCCUCCUAUAUAUAUACGUUUUAACAUAACAUGGGGGAAAAAACAGCCUCAGUGCUCUGCGUUCGAAGGGUUAACAAUGUUAUGUUAUAAAAAUGACAAAAUGCAAAAAAGCUUCUACCUUUAAUUACCAUAGAGGGUGUAACAUGUUUAUUUUUGGAUACUGACCACAACCCUUGAAGACAAUUGAUAGUUGUUUUAUUAAUGUCAGCUAGAGUCUGAUGGAGCAACAGCUUCAGGUACAGUAGUAACUGGUCUGUGGGAUCAUCUAUAAUCAGCCCGUACAGUGAUUUCAAAGGAUGAGUCAAAACACGCAGACUGGACUCUCAUGGUUUAACUCUCAAAAUCUGUGAAAAUCUCCACAACAUUGCUAUUUGAAUCAUAGCAUGUUUAGUUGAUGAUGUAACAUUGAAUAAUAUCGUAAUAAAACAAAGGACACAUGCAACAAAUGUCAUAAAGUAGUGUGUAGUGAUGUUGCAUCAUUGUGGAAGGUGGAAGUUACAUGUGUUGUGACCCUUCUGGUACAGAUAACCUUCAUAAGUGUUUAUAAAAGGCUUUGAUAUACAUAUUUGACUUAAUUAAUGAACUCACAUGUUUUAAGGUUUAAGAAACAGUGAGUUUCUUUUGAGAUAGAAAUGACAAAAAGUUGUUUCUGCAAUUUCAAUUUUUGUUCUUGGUCAAUUAAUAAUAAUGCAUUUUCUCACUUGUUAGAAUCGACCAUUUGAUUCUAACAAUAUAAGAGAUUUGUUUCAUCUCUUAUAUUCACAUUACAUAUCUAUUUAUUUUCAGAUUGUACAUUAUUUAUUGAAAUUACAUGCAUUAAUCUAUGAAUCUUUCUUGUAGGUACAUCAUUUCUGGUAGUUGGAGCGUUAGGGUAGACUAAAAUGGAGGUGGUGUUUUCACUUUGAACCCUGAUGAUUUUCUCUUUCCCUUUUUUAGACUCUUCCAAACAGGGUCAGAGGACAUGCAUUUCUUGGGUGUGAAGUUUGUGGCAGGCAGGCAGGCAGGCAGGCAGGCAGGAGUGUGCUCAUUGCUGUGGAGUAUCUUUUUGGCCCAGACCAACAGAGGUGACCUGCUUGCUCCAAAGCAGAUGCUUGAGGAGGAUGAGCCAGAUAUCACAGUGGGCAUACCAGGUGAUCUUGGGGGUGGAGAGCCUGACGCUGCUCUCUGCCAGUCAGCUGAGCUUGGGGCUGGUGAUCAUGAUCCUCCAAGUGCUGUGGAAGACCAGGUGUUGUUGGAGGCUGACACAGAGACCAGCCAAUGUGACUCAAGAGGAGUUGUGGGAUGGGAGGCAGUUGAUGCCCGAGCAGUCUACCUAGUUGACUUGAACCGCACAAUCACUGCCUUGUCAGUCAAGGAGGAGGCGGACAUAGUCAACCUGUACACAGCUCUCCAUACCAUGGACAAGGCACCUUCAAGGUACACCCAGAAGCCUAAGAAGAAAGGACAUACAUCAGGAGGACUGUGGCGAUCACCCAGGAAGCCGAGUGGCUCUGCUCCUGGACAGCAGGCGGCAGAGAGACUAUACAUGACUCACGGCCAAGCAGCCCAGGACCCUGAAGUACACAGGGUCAGCGAGUGUGUUUGCCUCAGACUUGCCAAAGAGUUUGAGCAACCACGCAACAGGCCAAAGGACACAAGGGGAAAAACCAUGCCCAUCCCUCAGUCCAUUGUCAGCAUCUACAGCCAUGUCAAACAGCUGCUGGAGGACAGCAGGGUUGUCCUGGACCAGACCAACUUGGUUCUGGUGCCGGUUAACAACACCACUGUCUCUUCAUGGCUGCUUAGGAGGGAUAAGAGGAAGGACAGGGACAUGCUGCUGCAAGGCACUGUACUUCCGAAACAGCUGCACCUGGCUAAGGAGUCUCUCCCUGCAAUGAACACACUUCCCCUGUGCAGCAUGCACAUGAAGUGAUGACAUUUGAGGAGCCUGAAAACCACGAGGGGGAAGCUUUCCCCCGCCAGCGCACCCUGGCGGCAAACAGGCCUGUGUCCUAUCUACCAUUUUCACCUCCCCGAUUCCCUCCACAAUUCGCGCCAGCUCCUCCGUUCAUGCAAGCGCCUCCGUUCAUGCCAGCUCCUCCAUUCAUGCAAGCUCCUUUGUUCAUGCAAGCUCCUUCUUUCCAGCAAGCUUCUUCUUUACAGCAAGCUCCUCACCAGCAAGCGUGCCUUCCACCUCAGCCAAGGCAACGUGCCUGGAGACUGCAGAAAGCUUCCCAGGAAGAUGAGGAGCUAGUGGCUAUGGGCAUGCCACCACGAAAAAGGCUGGCAAAGGAACAUUACCACUACACCUGCAAGGAGUGUGGCCAUGAAAAACCACACCCAGCUGAAGGGGCGGUGGUACUGUCCAGCCUCAGGACUGACCCUGGAUCAGUGGAAGAACAGUAGUUGCUGUCUUUGUUAUAUUGUUACCAGCUGCGGCACAAAAUGUCAGCGAAUGCUGGUAUUGUUUUAAAUUUGUGUCUGUUAUUUUUGAAAAAUAUUCUGAUAUUCAGUCUCUCUUCAUGUCUGUCUGUUCGCAGAUGGUUUCUAGUUUUACACUUACUGUGUGGUACAAUAUUGUUAGAAUAAAUGUAAUUUUAUUUGAGCCAA